UCCCCAUCAUGUGCAUAACCCGGAGCCGAUCGCGGCUUCUGCUGGGCGUGGUCUGUGUUCUGGCACUGUUUCUUAACGGCGGCUACAUCGUGUGGCACUCACGUGCGUACAGGAGGUUGCUGCUGCAGGAACAGGGGAGAGGACGCGAACAUUUUCUCAUCAGCAGCCGAGAAUUUUCUUGUGUCGGGAGUUCGAGUGCUUGUAGACAGGGGUCAAGGACGAACACGAAUACGGUGACAAUGGGUGACUCCCAUCAACAGGCAUUAACUGCCACAGAAAGACAGAGAGGAACGAUUAAAGUCAACGCCACUACUAUCGACAUGAACUCAAGGGAAGGAACUCAGGAAAAUGAAUUUAACAGCACAAGCGAGACAAGUCAAGACCAGUUGUGUCCCUUGUAUUCGUCAACUUUACAAGGGGAGAUAAAGUGUACGUGUGAUGGGAAGACAACCCUUGAGGACUUGACCAAACUAUUUCCCUUUGUCCAACCCGGUGGUAGGGUACAACCAACCGGCUGUCAGGCUAGGGAGAGGGUCGCUAUCAUUGUGCCUUACAGGGACCGCUACCCCCACCUCCUGAUCUUCAUCCACAUGAUGAUACCAGUGCUACAGAGGCAACAUGUCGACGCUACACUGUUCAUCAUAGAGCAGUUGUCCCCCUUAUUUUUCAACCGUGGCGCCCUCCACAACAUCGGCUACCUGGAGGCGCUCAAGCUUGACGCCUUCGACUGUUUCAUCUUCCAUGACGUGGACAUGGUGCCAGCCAACGACAAACUUCUGUACACGUGUGCCGACAGUCCCAAGCACUUCUCGGCCAUGGUCAAGUACAUGGGGUUAGGGCAGAAGAUGAGGAAGAUGUACGACGCCAACUUUGGAGGGGUUGUUGGCUUCAAGACGGCCCAGUACAAGCAAGUCAACGGAAACUCCAAUCUGUAUUUUGGGUGGGGAGGAGAGGACGAUGAUAUGUACCAGAGAAUCCUGCACGUGAAGAUGAACCGAGUGCGGCCUCCUGUAGAAUUGGCACAGUACCAGAUGCUUUCCCACGAGAGACAGAACCUCGUCAACGGCAACCCUAAAAGGACCGUGCUUCUGAAGAACGCCAGAACACGACAGGCGAUUGACGGACUUAACUCCGUGUCGUACAAGGUCAUCAGCAAUGUCAAGGACACUCUGUUCACGUGGAUCAAGGUCGACAUCAACAUGGAUGAUAUCUUUCAGAACGCACCAAUUCACCUACACACAGCAAUACGGGUGAUGUCGGACCUGGAGAGGAAACGACAGCAGGAGUUAAAGCAGAAGGCUGGCAGCAAACAGCCGGCUGUACCACCCGAGCAACCGAAACAGCCGGCUGUCAAACCUGACCCACCAAGACAGCCGGAAACUACGGCAGAUAAACAGACAGACACAUUCCUUGAUGUAAAGAAAAACAUUAAGAAAAGUCUUGAAGAAUAUACGAAGAAAGAUUCUGAAAAACAUCGUAAUCAAAACAAUAUCGAGAAAAUUCCGGGCAGAAAUCUGGAGAUAAAUUCUAAUCAAGAACCUGAUCAAGCUCUCGAACAGAACAACCAAACUGGUGGAAAUAUUGAAAACAGUGUGACUUAAAAAGGGAAUUCGUAAAUAAUUAUAAUAAUUACAAUAAUUAGUAAAUUAAAAACAAAACAGCCGCGCACGAAGCUCCACAAAAAACAACCCAAACACGAGAAUUAACUAACUAACUGACUGACUGACUGACUAACUGACUGACUGACUAACUGACUGACUGGCUCAGUAACUAGAAGAACUCCUUC